CCAAAGAGCAAAUUAAAAAAAAAAUAAAAAGAAUAUGCCAGGGUCUUAAAUAAAAACCAAUAAUUAUUGAAAACAUUAGAAUGAAAAAAAAACCGCACUACAUAACAACUCUUAGGCACCGUGCUAAUUCCGUCACACAAGGAAACGUAACAGCUUCCGCAAAUGUCUGAUUGGUUUAUUCCGACGGUGCUUUCAAUUUAACUCGGAAAUACAAAAGCUCCACCGUCGACUCGGCCUAAAAAGGGCAUUGAAACGCCAAUCAGGGUUGACCAAAAUUUCAACAACACCAAGCAAACACAAGAUUAAGAAAAAUAUAACGACAAACAAUCCAACAUUAUUGGACGGUUUUGUGGUGGAAAGGUGUGAUAAUCCUAAUACAAUGGAAUGCAGCAUACGUCACGUGACUGCCCGGAAAUGAAAAGCUUCACCGAGAAAAUGAAAACACAAUUGAAAAUGCCGACAAGACGACGUGUACAGCAUUAACGCCAUGCUCACGAUAAACCAUGUUGUUUUCGUCCUGGUUGUAUGCGCGGCUUCCGUAUCUUGCUGUGAACAGAAAGCGGAGACUCCUGACUGGCGAAUGACUCUGAAAACUAUCCGCAAUGGCAUCCAUAAGAUCGACACUUACCUCAACGCGGCUCUCGAUUUGUUCGGCGGCGACGACGGCUUGUGUCGUUACAAGUGUAGUGACGGUUACAGGCCGGUGCCUCGUCCCGGGUACAAGCCGGCGCCGCCCAACGGAUGCGGGACGCUGCUCUUUGGAUUCCAGUUCGACAUCGGUAUCCCAUCCAUGACAAAAUGCUGCAACCAGCACGACCGCUGCUACGACACCUGCGGCCUUGAGAAGCAUGACUGCGAUGAGCAGUUCCAGGACUGUCUGGAGACCAUUUGCAGGAACGUGCAACGGACACUGGGAUUGGGCCACAGUGUUCAAGCGUGCGAGUCUGCGGUGACGCUGCUGUUCGACGCCGUGAUGCACUUGGGAUGCAAACCAUACUUGGACAGCCAGCGAGGGUCGUGCGUGUGUCAGUAUGAAGUCAAGAAGGAACUGUGAUCAUGUUUGUGGAUGGGCUUUUGAUUUGAUGACAACAGAGGGUCCACAAAGUAGACAUUUCUCAGGGAUAGAGCUGCUGCUGCUGUUGUUCGUUUAGACACCAGACUGCAUGAAUACUUUUGACUGAUGAUCCUGGAAACAAUUUGAAAUGCAUUCAAUUAUUUAUGUUGUUUGUAUGUGUUGUUCAGUACGUUGGUCCGCUGGUGGCUUUUGGGGUAAAGUGGGGUCCACACAUACUGAUAAAAGGGCUGAUUUGGAGCAGUUUUUUCUUUCCCCUGCUUUCCAAUUCUGGUCAGCAAAGGACUUGAUUGUCAGACGUCUCCAAAAGAUUACCUUGGAGUGUGCCAAGAGUUAAUUUUCUGCCCAAUUGACACAGAAAAAAUGUCUAAGGUGACAUUCGUAAAUGAUAAAGCUGUUCACUAUUCAUGCUAUUUUUUUUUUUUUGUCAAAUCCUUGUUUGCUCAACACAGAAUUUGGCCAAGCAAAGAGACUUGGGAACUGUGACGUGAACUAAACGCUCCCUAAUUGCCACAAGUUCUUUUUUUUCAUUGCACUAUGCUGCCUUUCACAGGUCGUCCUGGUACUUUCACAGCUACCAUAUGUGGUGUGUAGGAGUAGUCACACUAUUUGAGCACUAAGCGUGGAUUUGUUUUUUGUUUUUUUCCUCGUCUCACAUUUUAAAAAUUUGUUGAGAUGUUUAAAAUCCCAGUGUGUACCUUGCUUUAGAUAGGUGGAAUCCAGUCUGAAAAACCUCAUUAAAAUGAAAAUAAUUUAUUAAUUA